AAUAGUAACAGAAGAGCUCCAUUCUCUCUGUUUUGAAACGACGCUGGAACAGGGCGGGAUAAUCAUCGAUCUCGAGACCACUUCCCUUCCGAUUAUUGUGAUCUCCAACGUCAGCCAGCUGCCGAGCGGGUGGGCCUCCAUUUUGUGGUACAACAUGCUUUCAAAUGAGCCCAAGAAUUUGUCCUUUUUCCUGAACCCCCCCUGCGCAAGGUGGUCCCAGCUUUCGGAAGUGCUGAGCUGGCAGUUUUCAUCCAUGACGAAAAGGGGGCUGAAUGCCGAUCAGUUGAACAUGCUGGGGGAGAAACUACUCGGCGCUAACGCGGGCACGGACGAUGGCAUCAGCUGGGGCCGAUUCUGUAAGGUAGGCGCUCCUGAUCACCAGCGAAUUGCACGGCGCUGAA